UGAUUAUGCAGUUGGUGCGUGGACCGUUGGCCCACCGGUUUCGGGUUGACAGCGCGCCCGCCGGCGGCGCGGUCGGCGCAGAAUCUUCUCGAAGCCGACGCUUUCGGCGUUGGUUCAUCUGUCUGUUUUUGCGCUUCGACGCGACGGUGCGAUCACCCGUUGUCGCGUCGCCAUAUUUACCGCCGUGUGGUCGUACACUCCACACUGGUUUGUCGCAGACCCCGCUUUUGGGUCUCCCGCAGGCUGCAGUGACCAUAUUGCUUUGCGUCCGCCGUUGUAUCGUCGCGGAUUGCCGACCUCAAGCCUCGCGUUCACGUCGUCGUUGCUGUGAGGUGCCUCGCCGGUAAGCCAUUUCGAGGUCCGCGUCAGUAUUGGUUCGUGGUGCCGCGUGUUCGCCGAUCGUUAUACCUAAUACCUAGUGCGUAACCGCGGUUCGACGUGCGCCCGUAAAUCGCAUACGUUGCGACCACAAGCGGUCGAGUGAAUUGUGAUUGGUCAAACCCUGCCGCACCUCGAGACCGCCGUCGCCGGAGGACAUCGCAAGGGGACUGAGACGACGUGAGCGGAGCGACGGUAGUUGACGUCGCGACGUUCGAUGGAACCAAAAAUGAUUAAGGAAGAAGCGAUCGAACAACGGGAUUCCGGUAUUCUCGCAGACGAUCCGGCGAUAAAUAACAACAAUAACAAGGAAUCCGCAUUCAGAAUUCACAUUCGUAAAUCAAAAAUCAAAUCCAAAGACGCUGGCUUCUCGUCGACGUCCACUAGCGAUUCGUCGGGUGAACACUUGCUGAGCCCCACUCACCCGUUACCGACGCGAAUCGACGUCGAAUCCGAAAGUUCGAGUCCGCCGUCCGAUACGUUCAGAAAUCACUCAAAACUCAAAAGGUUUCUUACCACCCUGGUGCAGUUCAGUGGACAGAUAUCGCCGCAGACUAGUGAACGAGUUAAGGGUCAGAUAUUCACACUAGUGAACAAUUUGAUAAGUGUUGAAGAAUUUCAUCAUCAUAUACAAGAAAUGACAAACUUCCCGUUACGACCAUUCGUACUGCCGUUUUUAAGGACUCACCUGCCUUCGCUACAACGUGAUCUGCUGUUAAUGGCCCGCAACAACAAACAGACGUUAAGCCAAUACCUGAAACAGCACGAGAACGCGUACUUGGACAGAGACUCGCAGGCCACCGAACCGUCGGAGAUCUUCCACCAGGUGGAGCGUGUCCCGCCGCCGUCGCCGAUGCCGCGCGAGAACAACAACAACAACGGCAGCAACGCUAACAACAACGGCAGCAACGCCAACAACAACGGCAGCCAAAACAACAACAAUAACAACAAUGGCGGAAACGGCCACAAGCGGCCGUACCCGUUGGCCGCUGACGGAUACUACGAGACCGGUUACGCGGCCGACAUGGAGUACCAGCAGCAGCCGUGCGUCAAGCGGCCGAACCUCGGGUACGCCAUGCCCUUCAUGUAUCAGCACCCGCACAUCCAGCCGCAGGAACCGCCGCCGCCGCCACUGCCGCCGUCGCACCCGUACAACAUACUGCCACUGCUGCACAUCCGCGAGGUGGAGGACCACAAGGGCCACGUGGAGGACGAAUGGAAGAACAUUCACGUGAUGUUGAACUGUAUACUGAGCAUGGUGGAGAAGACGAAAAAAGCGCUGGGUAUACUCCAGGAGCGCGGCAUGACCGAGACGAGUUUCCCGGACUGGAACCGGAAGAAAACGACCGAAGAAAUCCUGGCGCAGACGGUACGGCACACGGAAGAAAAGAUAGAAAUCAUUAAAAAGAAAGCUGAGGAUUCGAUGAACGAGAUACGACAUCAGGCCAUGAUAGAGCUGCAAAAGCUCGUGUUGGCCGCCGAAAACAAAAUGAUCGAACUGGUGGCCGCGGAGAGGACGAAAAUGAGCGCUAACUGCAGGAGCUCAGCGGCCGCGGCCAGUCUACAGAUAUCUCCGUCGCUGAUUUCGCAGUACAACAGCUGUUGGAACUGCGGCCGGAAGGCGAACGAGACGUGCAGCGGGUGCAACACGGCGCAGUAUUGCAGUUCGUUCUGCCAGCACAAGGACUGGGAGACGCACCACCAGACGUGUUGCGUGCACUCGGCCGCGGCGGCCACCGCGGCCACCGUCGACGCGGCCUCGUCGCCCGGCAAGAGACACCACCAUCAGCAGCCGCAGCCGCUGCCACCGUCGUCGUCAUCGUCGUCAGCCGCAGCCGCCUCGUCGUCGGCGGCGGCAGACGAUCUGUCCGCAAACCGAGCGCAAUCGGCGGUGGCCCCCGACACGCCGUCGUUGUCGUCGUCGUCGUCGCUUAAGGCAGACGAACAUGCGUCGUCGGUCGCCGCUGCCACCGUGGCGGCGGCGGCGGCGGUGGCGGCGAUCACGACGAACACCGUCACGACCACUUCUUCGACCACUACGACGACGACGACCACCGCGGCCGCCGGACCGAAACAACAAUAGCAACUCGGCGGCGGCGACGCGGACGACGACGGCGACGACGACUGCGACCCAGCCGCCGGACCCGCCUCCACCCGUCGCCGUCACCGACGCCGCCACCAUCAUCACCGCCAAAACCUGCACCGCAGACGAGUCGAAGCGGGCCUUCUGGCCUGCAGCACCACCGGCCUCGUACCGCGCGGGGAAUACUACCUGCAGUAGGGGUGGUGGAACCACGACCGGAGUUUAGAAACCAUUAACUAGGCCAUGAACUUUGUCAGCAUUCAAUACACAACCGAGCCAAACAAAUUACUUAAAAUGACCAGAGUAUAAAAAAAAAAAAAACAAUAUUAUACUCUAUAAUAUACAGUGGAUCCUCGACAGUUCGAACGUUCACAACUUACAAGUCAAAUUUUGGAUGACUCAGAGGAAUGCUUCGGCCCAUGCAUUUCAAUAAUAUUAUGUACAUACAAUUUUUUCUAUGACUCGAGUUUUCGAUAAGACGAAUUUUCUUUUUGUCCCCAACCAAUCCGAGUUAUAGAGGUAUCACCAUACGCAUAGAAAAUCUCGACCGAGCAACAACUUUGUUUUGUGCCUAUAUAGGC